UUGAAUCAUGGGUAUGUACCAGAAAAAAAACUACUUUACUGCAGCAUUGCGGAACUUGAGGAAGACUUGGAGCAGGAAAGACAAUCUCGUGGCAAAUCGGAUCGUACUCGAGCGGAUUUGCAACGUGAACUGGAUGAACUCAGUGAACGGCUUGAUGAACAAGGCGGUGCUACUGCAGCGCAAAUUGAGCUGAAUAAAAAGCGUGAGGCGGAAAUGGCUAAACUGAAGAGAGAUUUGGAAGAAAACAACAUGAAUCAUGAACUGCAAAUAUCGGCUUUGCGUAAGAAGCACAACGACGCAGUGGCAGAACUUAGCGAUCAACUCGAACAGAUGCAGAAGUUGAAAGCAAAAUCGGACAAGGAUAAAGCACAGUUGUUGCGUGAUUUAGAGGAAGCGAAUGCAAACGCUGAUGCAGAGAGCCGGCAGAAGCAGGAGUUUGAGAAGCAGUCCAAAAUGCUUGAAAUGCAGUUCUCCGAGCUGCAAACAAAGACAGACGAACAGAUUCGUCUCAUUAAUGAUUUCACAGCUCUGAAGGCAAGGCUCACAAAUGAGAAUGGCGAUUUAUCUCGACAACUGGAGGAUCUUGAAAAUCAAAUUAAUGGGCUCCAUCGCCUGAAAGCUCAGUUGAUGAGUCAACUGGAAGAAGCAAAACGCACUGCUGAAGAGGAAGCAAGAGAGCGGCAAAAUUUGGCUGCACAAGUGAAAAAUCUCGAACACGAAAAUGAUAAUUUGCGUGUGCAUGCCGAUGAAGAAGCUGAGGGCAAAGCAGAAUGUCUUCGUCAAAUGAGCAAACUGAACGCGGAAAUCCAGCAGUGGAAGGCUCGCUUCGAAGGUGAAGGCUUGGCAAAGAUGGAAGAAAUCGAAGAAGCCAAACGCAAGCUAAUGCAGAAGGUGCAGGAUCUCACAGACGUGAACGAAGCAGCAAACGCAAAGAUUAUGUCAUUGGAAAAAACCAGACACAAGUUAAUGGGAGAUCUUGACGAUGCUCAGGUUGACGUAGAACGAGCAGCAGCUUAUGCAGCGGCACUAGAAAAGAAGCAGAAAGCAUUUGAUCGGAUAAUCGAGGAGUGGAGGAAAAAGUGCGAUGAUUUGAGCGCUGAACUGGAAGCAGCGCAGCGUGAUAACCGCAAUCUAUCCACUGAACUCUUUAAAGCCAAAACUGCGCAAGACGAACUCCUUGAGGUAACCGUCUGCUUCGCUUUAUACUAGUC